GGUUCAGCCGGCGAACGCUGAAUGUGACUUCGUCCGGUGCGCGUCACGCCGCUCGACUUAUUUUAUACGCCUUUUCUUGACCAAUUUUGGUGAAUUUAACUUUGGCGUCAACGGCGUCGUUUGAUUUCGUAGUGCAGGCGGUUUUCUUAAAGAAAAAUCAUAUUCUACUAUGAGCUACUACAAAGGGUCAGGGUUUGGAGGCCGAGGUGCAUCUGGUGGCGGUUACCGAGGUGGAAGUUCCAGUUACAGGGGAAACCGUGGAAAUGAAGGAACCGGGUGGAGAGGAGGAAAUCGUUCUUACGGCAGUCCGGGUGGGCGAGGAGGUGGUACCGGAGGGGCAAAAUAUUACGACUCUAUGCCAUCGUCGUUUGACUCAAGAUCGAAAUCCUAUAUAAGCCCGGGAUCUGUCGAUCGGUAUUCUGGCAGGGCGAGGGAUGACUACCGUUAUUCAAAUCAAACUGUCGAGAACAUAGGGUACGGGGGACGUUUCUCUCGCGGCUCGCCAGAGCCUCCAAGGAAGAGGAUGAGGACAGACAGCACCUCAGGUUCUUACGGAUUGGCCUCUCGGAGAUCACAUGAGAGGAGCUUCUCAUCGAACGAUUAUUCUGGAAGAGGCUUCUAUGAUAAAGGAGCCCCUGGGGGUAGCUACCUGUCAGAAAAAGGGAGCUACCGUGAAGUAAGAGAAACAAGGCCUAAUGACUACACUUUCCGAAAGCCCUCUCACACGGCCAGAGGAUCUUUCAGAGGAAGAUCCGUAAGAGGGGUUGUCCGCAGAGGAUUCAGAUCUGGCACAGGGUCGUUUUUGACUAGGAAGAAAUUGGUGGAAUCUUAUGGCAUACGGAAAAGGAUUUCUUCUAGAUCACGAGAAUACUAUCGCCGACUGAAGCACUACAGACUGAAGAGAUCAGGAUUGAAGGAUGACGAUGAUAAGAAAAAAGAGAGUGAUGACGAACACGAAGAUGAUGAAAUUGAGAAGGAAGACGACGAAGACGUCGAGGGAGAAGAUGAGGAAGCAGACAUGGAAGAAUCCGGAGAUGAAGAAGAAGAAGAUGCUGAAAAACCCGAGGGAAGUGAAAAAGAGAAAGAAAGUAAAGACGGCGAAGAGGAAAAGAAAGAAAAUGAAGAAGUAGAGGUUAAUAAAGAAAGUGAAUCCCCUUCAAAGAACGUCAAGAGGAAGAAAAAGGCCGUGAAAAAGAAAAAAGUUGAAAAUAAAGACGGGAAAGAAAACGAGGAGGUCAAAGUUGAAGCAACAACAAAAGAAGGUGAAACCAGUGAUAAACCGUUGGCAAACUUCGUCGGGCAGAGUUUUAUCAAUCUCAAAUGUCCUCAUUGCGGUUACAAAGGGUCAACUUUUAAAGACUAUUCGAAACAUUUGUCUACAAAGAAGCAUACAAGCUCAAUGCAGACUCUUUCGAGCAGACUCCGUGCCAAACUGACUGCAAUGAGAAUUGAACAAAGGGAGAAACAGCGUUCACUCGACAAUGAGAGUAAAUCGAAAAAUUUACGCCUCACGACUUUCUUCUGUACUAUUUGCAAAUUGAAUUACAGAACCCUAAAGUCAGCCCAUCAAAAUUCAGUUUCUCAUAAGAAAAUGAAAGCGUUCGUUCUGCCUUAUUGUAGAAUUUGUCGAAUGAACUUUAAAUCUCCUUGGACUUACGAAAUCCAUCUGUGUGAUCUUAUUCAUAUUAAGAGAAAGGCAAGAGCAGAAAAGUUGUCUCGCCCACCAAUGGGUCAAGAAGACGAGGAAACACUCAAUGAUCUCGAUACCAGCCAUUUCAUGGUUUUGGAUGCUGUCGGAUCUGGAGAUGACGCUUCUUCAGGGGAGAAAACAGAUGAUGAAAAUGCCGAUGGGGAAGGAGCUGAGAAAACUGGCGAAAAGAAGAAGAAGAAGAAAGAAGAAAUCAAAUUGGGCGCUGAACACUGUAAACUCGUUGAAGUUUACUUUUGCGAACUUUGCAAGAUUUAUCUAUCAAGAUCUGAAGACAGGGAAAAGACCCUGACGUUGCACUGUCGCUCCAGGACUCAUCUGCAGAGGUACAUUAGACACCGUGAUGAUAAAUCGCUUCGAAGGAGAGCUGUGAAAUUACACAAGGAACAUGAAAAAGAAAAAGAACAGUUAAAGAAGAAGGAAGAUGGUGGAGAUUCCAAAACUGAAAUGAAACCAGAAGAGAAUGACGAAAAGAAAAAAGACGAAGAUUCAGAAGAUAAGAUUUGGUCGGAAGUAGACAAAGAUCUAUCAGAUCUUCUACAAGAAAACGAAGAACAGAAUGAAGACGAGGAUGAUUCUAGACAAGAAGGAGAACGCUACGACCGUUUCAAACAGAGUGACACUUUGGACAAAACAGCCGUCGAUUCUCCAACGAAAUCAGGCACCGCCAACGGAGUCUUGUCCUCAAAUGAAAAGAACGAAGUCGAAGUCGGAAAAUAAUUUUUAUCCUUUUACGAUUAUUGUUCAGUCAAGCUAUA